CCAAUAUUGAGUUCUUUCUCUAAAACUUUUUUCGUGCGCGAUGCCGCGUUCCCGGUGACUAAGCAGGAGGAGGUGACGCACUUUUGUGCCUCACUGGUUGGCUCAAGUCUAUUGCGUCGGACGAGUUUUUGAGAGUUAGUCAACCUACCCCUAUAGUCAACCAUCCCCGAUCUCCCCUACCUAUUUUAGAUGACCAAUAAAUCUCUAUUUCUUCAGUCAUAUUAUCGUCUGAAUGAGUUAUUUCUCCUGUUGGGGAAUGAAGGCUAAUGAAGGUACGUUUUUAUAUAGAAAAUCUUUAUUGGGGACAUCGUUAAAAGUCAAUCUUUUUGUCAUAAACACUUUCAGCUAAGCCGAAGAUAACAUUGAAAUCUUUCCUCAUUAAACGGAAUAUUCAACUGUAUUCAGGUGUAAAAUUGUGCCAUUCAACUAAAAUUCUCAAAACUGACGAAGUAUUUCUCCGAAUCAUUUAUGUCACAACCCCUUCGAUCGGUGGGAGAGGGCAAAUUUUUCGAAAUAAAAAGAAAGGCCCGAAAUUUUUCAGCACAGUUCUGAGGUAACUUUGAAAGUGUAGAGAUAAUUUUUGACGUAAAAAAAAUUUUGUGCGAAAAUGAACGUAAUUGCGAAAUUGGUUAAUGCAGUGGAGAGGAGACCAACCCUAUGGAUACCCAGCAAAACGGCAAGAUGGGAGGAUGUUGCCGAUGAAGUUUUUGGUAGUGACUACUAUGAUUGGUUGGUGGACGAUACUAUCGAAGAAAAAGCUCUUUAUUGCCAAGAGGAGUGGGAACUGCUUCGUGACCAGUAUAUGAAUUACAUGGAUUUCUUGGACAGAAAUAUACAUACUAAACAAAAAUGUUACCGUGACGGACAUGUCUUCAAGCCCAUGGUUUUGGAUUUCCUUGGAGUUCCCUCCAAUCGUGCAGCACGCCUGGUGGAGGCCACGGAAAAUGGGAAUUCCAUAAAUUCGCGAGAUUCGAGAUAUCGAUACGAUAAAGCUGAAGAAUACAGUUCUGAGGAUAAAAUGAUGAUUCGGGAAUUUUUCCGAAAACGAACACUGCCAUCGCCCCAGUGCAAUAACACUAGGGAUUAUGAAAAAGUAUGGCAGGAAUUCCUGGAAAACGGUAAACCGUCAGUGGCUUACGAUCCUGAGGCAGAAGCUGAAGAUGUGGUGCAGCAUAAUGGUAUUUGGUCGACCCCCGACAUGGAAGCGAUGGUCAGGGAUAUUUUAAAAACUCCUGAUAGCGAUCUGGGAAGCCAUAGAAGUCCAGCAAAAAGGUCUGAAUUACGAAGGCAUUUGUGCCCUUAUUACUGA